ACUCGCACCCUUUCUGUCUGUGAGGUUUAUGGGUGUGUGAAAAUGGCGUAUUCGACCCGCGGUGUGUAUGUGUGUCCUGCAGUUGAUCGGUUGUUGUUUGACGAUAAAAUGACUCCUUCUUGAGUCACACCUGCUCGGCGUGCGUGUGCGUGUGUAUGUGUUCGGGGUGGAAACUCGCAUCCCUGUUGCAGCUGCAGUAGACACAAGCGGAGAGAGAGGAGAGGACGAUACGAUUUCGUUAUUACAUUACCCGACAUAAAGAUGGACACCUGAGACAACAGACUACACUUCUAUAUCACCAUGAGGAACUGCUGACAUCCCCCUCACCUGACUACCAGAGAGAACACACUUUCUUCCUCCCAUCCUCUCUCCCACUCCGCCCGUCUUCACAAGGAUAAGUGUUAUUGUCGAGAGUGGAAAAAGUGAAUGUCAGAGGACAAAAUAGAGAAAAAAGCUGAAGCCCUCUCUUGACCCUUGAUCUCUAACCCCUGACCUGUGACCUCAGUAUGUCAGGUCUGCGUGGUAAGCUGCAGCGUGUCCAGUGGCGGGCAGGAUGGCACUCCUUCACCUCCAGAGUCCUCAGGACCAAACCGGUAGAGAGCAUGUUGGACUCUGGGACAGGUGGUACAAGCAGCCAUGGCACCAAACUAGCGAGGGUGCUGUCCACGGUAGACCUGGUGUCACUAGGGGUGGGCAGCUGCGUUGGCACGGGGAUGUACGUGGUCUCUGGGCUGGUUGCUAAGGAGAUGGCCGGACCUGGCGUCAUCGUCUCCUUCAUCAUCGCUGCUGUCGCCUCUAUACUGUCAGGAGUGUGUUAUGCUGAAUUUGGGGUUCGCGUUCCCAAGACAACAGGCUCAGCCUACACCUACAGCUACGUGACAGUGGGGGAGUGUGUGGCCUUUUUCAUUGGCUGGAACCUGAUCCUGGAGUACUUGAUUGGUACAGCCGCGGGGGCGUCAGCUCUCAGCAGCAUGGCGGACUCACUAGCCAAUAAAAGCAUCUCUACGUUUAUGACUACGCACAUCGGAACACUCAAUGGCCUGGGUAAAGGAGAGCAGUCGUACCCAGACCUCCUGGCCCUGCUGAUAGCAGUGAUAGUGACAGUGAUCGUGGCCCUGGGGGUGAAGAACUCAGUAGGGUUUAAUAAUGUGUUGAAUGUGAUCAACCUGAUGGUGUGGGUCUUCAUGAUGGUGGCCGGACUCUUCUUCGUCAACGGACACAACUGGGACGAUGGAAGGUUCCUGCCCUUCGGGUGGUCAGGGGUGAUGCAGGGAGCAGCAACAUGUUUCUAUGCCUUCAUAGGGUUUGACAUCAUCGCUACAACAGGAGAGGAAGCCAAGAGUCCCAACACCUCUAUACCCUAUGCUAUUACUGUUUCCCUCAUCACAUGCCUUACUGCAUAUGUCUCUGUAUCAGUGAUUCUGACUCUAAUGGUUCCCUAUACAGAGAUCGAUGCAGACGCUCCCCUGAUGGAGAUGUUUGCUGUCCAUGGCUGUUAUUUUGCUAAGUACAUAGUAGCAGUAGGCUCUGUAGCUGGCCUCUCUGUCAGUCUCCUGGGCUCUCUGUUCCCCAUGCCACGAGUCAUCUACGCUAUGGCUGGAGACGGACUGCUGUUCAGGUUCCUGGCCCAUGUGUCUCCCUACACUGAGACUCCAGCAGUGGCAUGUGUUGUGUCUGGCUGUCUGGCUGCUCUCCUCUCUCUCCUCGUCUCCCUACGAGAUCUCAUAGAGAUGAUGUCCAUAGGAACACUACUGGCUUACACACUGGUUAGUGUGUGUGUGUUGUUGCUACGCUACCAGCCAGAAUCAGACAUCCACGGCUUUGUGAACUUCCUGUCUGAGGAGCAGUCCAAUAAGAAGAAGGAGGGCGUGUUAGCUGAGUGUGAGAAGGAAGUGUGUUCUCCAAUCAGUGAAGUAGAUGACUACGGAGGACCUCAAACUAACACCUGUGGAGCUAAGAAUCUCCCCUCGCUAGGCGACAACGAGAUGCUGAUUGGUAAACCAGAUAAAACCACUUACACUGCCAGCCACCCGAACUACGGCACCGUCGACAUGGGCUCCGGCAUCGAAUCAGAAGAGUCGGAGGGCGGGAUGUCGUGGAGGCUGAAGAAGCUGAUUGGUCCGCGGUACUACACCAUGAGGAUCCGAUUGGGCCUGCCUGGGAAGAUGGACCGGCCCACUCCGGCAACGGGAAAGACAGUUACUGUCUGUGUCCUCCUCCUCUUCCUCGUCGUCUUCAUCUUCAACUCCUUCAUCAUCUUCGGAGCGGCCAGCAUCGGUGAUGGCAGCUGGUGGGCUCUUCUCCUGCUGAUCUUCCUGGUCAUCUUCAUGGCCCUCCUCAUCGUCAUCAUCCUGCAGCAGCCAGAGAACCCUAAGCGACUGCCCUACAUGGCUCCGGCUGUUCCCUGGGUUCCUGCUGCUGCCAUGCUGGUCAACAGCUACCUGAUGUUAAAACUGUCUGCCAUCACCUGGAUACGCUUCGCUGUCUGGUGUUUCCUAGGUAUCCUGAUCUACUUUGGCUAUGGGAUGUGGAACAGUACUUUGGAGAUCAGGUCCAGGGAGCAGGAGGUUCAUGCGUCUACAUACCAGCGCUACGAUGGUCACCAUGCCGGGGUGGACGACGGCUUCUCAGGCUUCAGCGUUGACGACGACCUCUACCCCCCUAGCAACAACGACCCCUGGGCCGCACCAGACGGUGUCGACGGGUCAGGGCUGGUACCCCCCAAGGCUGAUGAUGAUGAUUGGACGGAUCCAAAGGGAGGAGCUAAGAGAGCGCUAGCGGAGGAGGACCCAAUGGAUUUCUGAGAAGAAAGGAAUGAAGGACGGAUGGACAGAUGUUUCCGAGAGGAUUGAUAGAUGUUACUGUUGUUAACAACUGAAUGUACUGCCUACUGCCGGCUGCCUGCCUGCCUGCCGGGUGUGUGUAUGUGCGUGCGUGCGUGCGUGUGUGCCUGCGUGCGAGUGAGUGCGUCCAUGUGAAUGUUUGUGUGGGUCCCUUGUUACUUAUUUAAAAACUUCUUUUUUUUUCAUUGAGGAAAUAUGAUCCUAUGGAGGAAAGCUGUAGACUACCAAUCAGAAACAGUGGGCGGGGUCUUUGGGUUGAUUUGGUGAUGGGCAUACAGUGAAGGUAUUUUCACUAUAGACAGUCCAGAGUGAUGACAGACGGGGAGCGACGAGUCAGCAUUUCCUGGUUCACCACACACACAGGAAGCUGUCAGAGCGCUGAGCCGAGGUCACUUCCUGUCACUGGUCCAGGUGUCUCUGCUGCUUCUCUCAUCUCACAGAGAGGAAACUAGCUGCACACACACACAGACACACUUCGACACACACCCGCCUCUCCAGUCUCUAUCUGGGAAGGAGAGGGGCUGAUGGGGUUUUUGUGUCACAUAGUAAUUGGACUUUGCUUGCAAUAGUGCCUUCAUCUGUGUGUGCACGCGUGUGUGUUUUUCUUUUGGCUGUGUGUGUGUGCAUGCGUGUGUGUGUGUGUGUACGCUUUUACACCUUGUAUCUAUGUCCCCUUCAGGGUCUUACCAGUGGAGUGUGUUUGUGACUUAUUUUGCUCCAUCCCACUUUCUAUGAAUCCCCCCCCCCACAAGCCCCUGUUGCUGCGUUACUAGAGCUCAGAAUGAAAAGCUUCUAAAUGACAGAUUUGUUGUAAACAGAGUUAUGGACGCCUCCCUGAUCUGCUCUACUUACAGGUGUGCUACAUCUCCAAAUGAAUGUUACUACAUUAGAAAGAAGACGAGAUGAGAAUUGCUCUCACAUCAGACAAAUAUCUCUGAGUGUUUAGUCACAUAGAACCCUCUAAUUCUAUGGUCUCCACCCCCUUGGGGAAGCCUUACUUGUCAAAUGCACUAAACUAAAGAUGCCACGCGACCCCUCCUACUUUCCACGACCCUUAACUGCUGACCUCUAUCCCUAACCACACUACCCAGGGUUCUCUCUGCUGUUCAGGGGUGGGCUCGCUUGUGUUGUCCAGUGAAACACACACACACACACACACACACACACACACACAGUUCAGCUGAACCCAAAACCAGAAAGGGGCUUCAGUAGGUGCUCUGUGCUCCUUACUGUAAAUAUUAUGUCUCUGUGCGUGCGCGGGUGUGUGCGCGUGCACGUGUGUGUGUGUGUAUGUGUGUGUGUGUGCGCGUGUGCGUGUGUGUGUGUGUUCCAUGCCUGUGGCUAUGUGACGUGGCUGGCUGGUGAAUGUGAUAGCAUGCUAAUGUGUAUAGCAUGGUUGUAGAUGCUGUAUUUGCAUGUGGUGACCGACAGCUAAGAGACAUUAUAGAACUAACAGCACCCUACUCCAAACUGUCCCCUGACCCUUGAUAAGGGAAACUAUAGGGUGAAGGGGACUGGUCGAUCUGGAACUGGGGGAUGAUAUGUAGCACAUUUAGGAGUUGGUGGUUCUAUGGUUUCAUCUCCACCCCUCACCACUGCUCACUCCACCCCUUACCCCCACACCCUGUGUUUACAAAGCAAGCCAAAGUCCACAACAUUUGUUAACAACAAUGAGAAUCCAGUGGGGUAUAGACCUGUACAAUAGAUUGAAGUCACUGACGGUAUAUUACUUAAUGCUUAUGAACAGUUAAUCAUCACUACAACAGUUUAGGUCAAACUGAAUGAUGAAUGAUAACUAUUCAAUCAGGAUCCACCUGGAACCAAAUAUAAAAAGACCCAAAUAAUGUCAUUUUUCUAUUGAAACAAGUUAACUAAGGGUUAACUACAUAUCUAAUAAUGGUUUAGAAGCCAUUUAUAAGUAGAAUUCAAGUUUUACUGAAACCACUUGCUAGAGUAGACACAUGCAAUUACAUUCACUAGCUAGAGUAAAUACAUACAGUUACAUCCAACAGCAUCGACACAAAAAUAUGAGGAAAAACUAAAAAUUGAGUAUUUUUCUACUGCUGGGUCACGCCCACACCUAUGGUCCUCCAAUGGUGGGCCUCCACAGUAAGUGGGUGAGGUUUAUCCACUUUCACUUCUUGUAUUUCGCCCAAUCAGAGCUCAGCUUGGGAGGAAACGGCGAAAGCUUAUAUUUUUAACUUCUUCUAUCUCUAGUCGUAUAAGGUUAAGUUUAAAAAAAGUAGCUUUUCUUUUAAAGAUCUUAUAACAUUUAUUACAGUCUAAAGUAGUCAAAUUAGAAGGUUAUAAAAACAUAAAAAAACAACAAAACACUAUUUUAUUACAACACUAAAGAGAAUGUUGCCACUGUUGCUUUUAAAGUCUGAGGUGCUGUUUGUUUGUUCAUUUUGUCUCGGGAGAAGGUGUGCCAUGUUUCUGUCCACUUCCUGGUAUUCAAUCAUAAUGCAUUCCGGUUUGAACCGCACAGAACGUCAACAAUCUUCCUACCAGCUUCCUAAAGCCUGUUUAGGGACAGGUGAUAUAAAUUAACGCCAGCUAUCCACAUUGAUUAAAUUGCUGGUUUAUUCAAUAGGUCAAUGAAAUGCACUGCGAUUGAAUUCCUGACUCUCUCUCUCCUGCUGUGGCUGGCUGUCUUUGUGGGAUGUUGAGACUGGCUUCAGUUUGCUGACUAGAUAUUUGUUUUUCUUCUGUAUAUUUUUGCUAUCUGAAGUUGUAAAAUGUUCUGAUGUAUUUGGGGUUUUCUGUUAUUGUUUUUGACUUUGUCUGAAAUAACACCCUAUCAGGACUCUGGCCAAAUGUAGUGCACUAUAAAGGGAAUAGGGUGCCGUUUUGAAUGCAGGCCCUAUGUGUGUUUUUGCUCCUGAGUGCACUUGUUUAAGCUGAGUUGUCGAUAUCGCCUCCAUGCAACAAUGAAACAUUAUUUAUUGCAAAUAUGAA